CAACAUGGUCGAUUAAUAUGACAUUUAUGUAUUCGUUCAAUUUCAUGUUUGACAUUUAUAAUACAACUGUAUGUGAAUUAUGUAGAGUUAUAAAAAGUGGAAUAACAACAAAAUAUUCACGUCGAUUACAGUCUACGAUUAUGUUCUCAUUAACUCUAGUAUCGCCUGACCAGUUUCUUACAGAAACCGAUAGUGAGGACCACCGUGAAACAUGAAAAUUACAAAUAUACUACUCGUUACUUUAUCACUUCUGCUAGUUCGAGCACAAGCGGACAUUAAACGAGAGUGUCGCCGGCAAACGAAUGUUUCUUGGGCAUCCUUAAAGCUACUAAAGGCUGGAAACAUUGAACAAAAUGAUAUGAAAUUAAAAUGUUAUUUGAGAUGCUUUAUGAUAAAAAGUGGUAUUCUUAACGAGAAUAACAAUGUAGAUGUUGAAAAAGCCCUGCGUCAUCUCCCGCGCAGUAUGCAAGAGUCAUCGAAAAAUAUUCUUAAUCGAUGUAAAUCAAUUCAAGCGGAGAAUCCUUGCGACAAAGCUUUUCAAAUAGCCACGUGUUACGUUAGAGCGCAACCUGAUAUCUUGAAAAGUGUAUCGUUUAUUUAAAAUUAAUGUUUUGAUAGACAUAUGCAAAGUGUCCUGAAAAAUAUAAAUAAGAAUAAUAGUAUCAAGUAGCUAUAUGUAUAUGUAGAAACGUUA